CAGCCUAACUUACUUUACUUACUUAUUAUAUCUAAUUGAUUCCUUAACUUGAUUACACCUUGAUUUACAUCAAUGAUUAACAUAUAUGAUUGACGAUAGUAUGAACAGGAUGUCGGUUCCAAUUACAAGUAACAAAACGCAUGCACGGUAGAUUGUCUUUAGUCGUUAGUCAGAGAGAGAUAUAGCGAGGACCUAUAUCAGCAAUUGUUUGAAUUCAGAGAUAGCUGUAGAGAUCCACUCUUCAGAAUGUAUUUUAUAUAAUAUAUUACGAAAAAUCUCUACGGCGUAGUCGUGAUCUGUCUUUGGAAACAAGUUCUGAAGAAGUGUAUUCUGCCGCAAUUUGGUUAUAAGACAAGAUCAUGGCGACAGAAGAGGUCCAGAGUGGACAGUUGUAUGAAGGCGAAAAGGCAAGCAACGGAACUGGCGAGUCUGACGCGCAGUUGGCGAGUAAUCUAAAGAAAAAACGAGCGCUACAGCGAGGUAAGGUUACUCGAUCUAUAAAGAGAGUAAGAAAGUUUAUCGAUGAAGGCGCAGAGGCGCGCAAGAAAAUAGAGAAAGAACUAACACAAAUCCGAAAGGACUUUGAGUUGGCGCGUGAAUAUCACGCUGAGCUUUAUAUUUAUGCUGAAGAAAGUCAAACGUCCAAUAUGGACGAUUGGGAAGACGAACUGACAAAUGAUCUAUAUGACAUAGAAGGGGCUGUCGAAGAGUAUAUGCAAUCGGCAGUCGAUCUUUCUAGCGUCAAAGCAAAGUCCUUAAACAACGAACAGAUUCUCCAUCCAUCGAAUAAGGACAAUGUAAGUUAUGUAACAGUAGGAGCCAGCAUGCCUGAGGAAACGCAACCUAGUACUUCCGCCGCGGGAGCAACCCCUGUUGAGAGUGAGGCUGAAAAUAAUGCGAACACUGUUGCAUCUGACGUGUCAAUCCCACUACGCAUGAAACGGGCAACCGUACUUCACAUGAUUUCAAUCUGAAUUCAGAAAGAGAUAUUUCAAUACGUUCGGAAGAGCGAUUGAAUUCAAGUCAACCUGUCAACAGUUCCAAUUAUCUUCCGUCGUCACCUCGGGCAUUUGAUAGUUGGAUAAAUGACCUAACUGAGUUUGAAGAGACUGUUUUACCGAAUACGCUAUCAGAAAUGUCUGUCGCGCAAGCCCUCUAUAAGUUAGAAGCAAGCAAGGACAUCCCGAGCAUUGAGUUAAUCGAAUACAACGGCGACCCGCUUACAUAUGUUGAAUUCAUUGAGCGCUUCA